AUGUUCCCUUCUGAUAUUGUUUUCACUCAGCGAUCUGGAAAACAUGUAAGUGGCACAAUUAAUUGGUUAGCAUUUCUUAGAGGGCAUCAUAGUGACCCACUCUUUAUUGUUUCUUUUGAUUUGGAUAAGGAGUCUUAUCAAAAGGUUUUUCUUCCUGGAGAGAUAAAUGUGUUUAAUUUGACAUUGACAUUGUCUGUGUUGAGGGAUUGUUUGUGCAUAAUUUAUGAUCACGAUGUUUGGGUCAUGAAGGAAUAUGGAAUUAAAGAGUCUUGGAGUAAAUUGUUCAACCUUUCUUACAUGCAAGAUCCAAUCAAGACUUCUAUCUCGACAAAGGUAUUAUAUAUUUUUGAAGAUGAUAAUGUGCUGCUGGAGUUUAGUUAUCAUGUUCAUGAGAAAAAGAAGUAUAUCCUUUACGAUUCAAAGAAUGGUACUUUUAAGAAUGCUGCUUUUAGGAAUGCUGUUAUGUUUCAACACACUUUACAAGUUUGUGUUGAGAGUUUGAUAUCACCUUGUUUUUAA